AGAAAAAUAAAAGAAGAAAAAGGAAACUGAUGAUACAUGCAGGGAUCGCAAAUUCACCCGGUUAUAGGAAUGCUGAAAAAUCAGCUUUACUUAGAGAUCUGCAGAGUUAUCUAGAAAUUUACUUUCGUGAGAAGUUUCGAACAAGACUUGCCUAUUCCCUGAAGCACGUUCGCUAGUAAUCGGAUACUAAUGCAAUCGGCUUGUUGUACAAAUUAGUGUGUUGAAGUUAGAAAGCGAAAGGUUGCCUUCUGGGAAAUACACCUACUCAUCUUAGUGUUGUCUUUGGCGAGUCGCUUUCAAAGCCAUUUUUUAUCAUCUCGUGACGUUUCCCAUGGAUGGAAUUCAGUUCGUAGUCAUCAUGAUGCUCAUUCCAGCUCUGGCAGGAGCCUUACCAGCUUGGAAUGUUCAACCAGCGAACUUCACUUCUGCGGUUCAGGGAGAGAACAUAACCCUCAAGUGGGAGUAUAAUGUAGAUGGAACGUUUUCACAUGCUCAAUUUUCUGAUUUGAAGGAUGGUGGGAAAGAGAAGACGGUUGCUGCUAAGUCUUCGGAGUCUGGAAACGUAGUCGUUGCCUCUGAUUACCAGGAAAGAUUCUUCGUGAGUAUAUCAGACUCACAAACUACAAUAAAAAUUCUGAGAGCCCAGAAAGCUGACUUCGGAAAAUACAAGCUGGAGGUGAUAAACAGGAAUCUGGCAACAAUAAAUAGCGUGGUGAAGGUUUCAGUUCACUAUCCACCAGCCAACACUGUUCUCACAGUAUUUCCAGACAGGAGCGAAGUGCUAGGAGGGAGUGUCUUAUAUGAGAAAUGCAGCACAGAUGCCAAUCCCAGUCCUCAUAUUUUUCUGUUAUACUUCAAUGGAAACUUUAUUAGAAACAGUAGCUCAGGGGAGUUUAAUGUCACCGUUGACAGCGAUGGAGUAUACACCUGUGCUCCUAUUAAUACAGUUGGUUCGGGAGACAAUGCGUCGUUCAGCGUGACUAUUUUUGGCAAGCCUAUAAUAGCUUCGGAGCCCAAAAACGUUACAGCAUUGGUAGGUGAGGCCACAUCUCUGAGGUGCCUUGCCCAUGGCAGUCCUCCGCUAGCUAUUACGUGGGCUCGUCAUGGCGUUGGAAAUGGUUCAGACCUCUUAUUUCAAUCAGCGAAGUUCUCUGACAGCGGAUGGUACAGAUGCGUUGCUAAAAAUGCUCAUGGAGUCUCUUUUAGUUCACUUGCAUACCUCGAUGUAACCGAUAGUGCCAGUACUUUCAUUAAUGGACGGAUGACAAUAACAAAUAAGAAUUUCGAUAAGAGCUUGGAAAAUCCAGCUAGUGCAAGAUAUCAAACCAUUAAAAAGCAGUUUGUUGAGGCCGUAGAGGUAGUUUUCAAGAGCGACGGCGCCUUCCAUAGUACGGAUGUCACAAGAUUUGACAGAAAUGGCAGAAAAGGAACUUUGAACAUCUAUUUCGUGCUCACUUUCAAAGAAGCCGUUCGAACAGACAGAAAAAUAGCUCUUUUAAAAAUCGCUGCCAGUGACGGAAAACUUGGGGUCUUAGAUGUUGAUCCAGCCUCUGUAAUGGCUAUACGUGAGACUGAGGAGCCUGUACUUGAAUGUAAUUUAGGAUGCAGACCGUCGCACUCAAUUGAAAGUUUAGCUUGCUCAUGUGAGAACAAAAUAUUUGGAGCAGUGAUAGGAGUUCUUGUAUUCAUAAUCAUUGGUCUACUUAUCUAUAUAUUCUUCCUGCGCAAAAGAUCAGAAAUUGAAUCCAAGGAAAGGAGUUGCGAAAUGGUGAAAGUGGAAACUCAGCCCAGACCUCCAAGCUAUGAAAUUACCCUUACUGGAGUUAAACAAGUUGAAAUACAGGCCGAGUGCACAGUCGCAGAAGAAUCUGUUGGUGAAACACCGGAAAUAGAAGCCGAUGCUGAGCCAAUAGAUACUUGAAUUGUUGGAUACGAGAUGGCCCUGCCGGUCAUCAAAUCAUCUUGGAAAGUUCCUCGAGAAAAUGUAACUGUUAGAGAA